CAGUGGCAAAGUGGCAAGGAGAUGGAAAGCCAUGCCAUGACAUGGAAUGGAAUGGAAUGGAACAUUCUGCUGCCGAAACGGCCGCGAAGCCACCACUAGUCCACUGCUACUGAAGCAAGCAGGGUGGAAAACGACGGCAAGUUCGUUCCCCAAGUGUUGGACGGGCUAUCGCCUUUCAUCCCCUUGCUCCCGACCAAUCGUUCUGUAACUCUCUCUAUAUAUACAUCUUGGGUCUGUAACUCUAUAUACACAUCUUCACCGACUCAAACUUUCUUCAGUCCCACACCAACACGCAGUCGCACCACACGAGGUCGCUCCGAUCCAGCUCCAAUGGGAUCGGCGGUUUCUUGCAUCGAUGCUCCUAGCGUCUCCGGUGACGUGCAGCAGCCAGCACGGCCACCUGCGCCGCCGUCCAGGGUCAUCGCCGCUGACGGCUCGCUGAAGGAGCUCCCGGGCCCGCAGCUCCCCACCGUCUCCGACGUCCUCAGCAGCAGCGGCGGCGCGUCGCCGUCCUUCUUCGUGUGCAACUCCGACGCGCUCUACUUCGACGAGCGGCCUCCCGCGCUUGCCGCCGCCGAGCGGCUCCGGCCGGGGCAGAUGUACUUCGUGCUCCCGGUGGCGAUGCUCGGGCGCCCGCUGUCGAGCGCCGACAUGGCCGCGCUGGCGGCGCGCGCCAUCGCCGCGCUCCCGGCCGAGGAGCCGCGGGGGCGCGCCGGCGAGAAGAGGAAGAGGAAGCAGGUGCGCGUCGUGCCGGUCUUGUUGCGAGAGGAUGGCGAGGGCGGCGUGGACGAGAGCGUGUUCCACGAGACGCUGAACGAGAAGACGCUCGGAGAGCUCGCCGCGGCAACGAGUCAGGCGAGGGGCGGCGACAAGGUCGCCGCGGCGGCCACGGGAAAGACGAGGCCGUCGGCGCUGAAGAGGGCGCUGAGCAUGAUCCGAGAGGACGCUGAGUGAGGCGCUGGCUGACACGGACUGUAGAAGCAGGAGGGGGGCAGUUCGGCAAGCCUCUCGUUUCGUCUUUCGCCAUUUUUGGCUGUAGAAGCAUAGAUGCACGUGUUCAAAGUUCAAACUAACUUCUUGUAUGACUGUAAUAUGGUUCCCGAUUGCACAUACCUGAAAAAGUGGUAAACAAGAGUCACGGUGAAGCAGCUCGUGCAGAGAACCUGCUUCUUUUGAGUCCACCGUGCCGUCCACCCCCUGGUCAGUGUUUCGUUCGCCGUCCACCCUGGCCGUCGCGAGGAGCCCGCCUCCGCUGCACACCGGAGCUCCGCGGCGCGCCGGCGCCCUGGGAUUCGAAUGAUUCCCGCCCCUUCGUCGAGGUUGCCUCCUCCCCUGAGGACACCGGCUUGCGUUGCACCGGCCAUGGCCACGGUCCAGGGACAGCAAGCAACAAGCAAGAAACGGAGUUGGAUCAGCCCAAGCUCUGCAUCUCAUUCUCAUCCGAUGUCGCCUGAGCUGGCGGCACUCGCCUACAAUCUCGCUGACAGAAGAUACUCUACAGUGUCCGCUUUGCGUCAAUCCGCAGCAUUUGUGCAGUUCUUCAACAAUGACCGAAGAUCAUCUGCUCUGUGAAUUGCCUUAAAAACUCCUCUCUGAAAACAACAUCCACUCAUCCAUGAAGCCUGAACGAUCGUUUCGGGCACGUGCUGCUCGAUUGUUUUGUGCAAACUGAAACGCCGCGAUUGCUGGGUGCCCUACCGUAAUCGCAGUCGCGGUUGCCGCGGCGAGCCGCCCGGGUGCGACGGCGAACGCCCUCCAUUCUUGCUGUGGGUGGAGGGACUGGUGGUGGUGGUAGCGAUUGAGCUGGGGGGCGAGGCGGGGGUUCUUCGUCCCAGCAUGGAGGGCGACGGCGGCGGCGGCGGAUGGCCGGAGGUGGAGUGGACCACGACUAGGGGGCUAUUUGAAAACAACAAAGGGGUUAUAUGAAAAUAAUCGGAUCGCGAUUAGUAAUUGCGAUCCAAUCUAGGGUGCUAUUUGUAAAUAAUAGAGGAUAAAUUGAAAAUAUUCGGAUGGUGACUAUUAAUCGCAAUCCAAUUUAGGGGUUUAUAUGUAAAUAGCAGGGUCUCAAGUGAACAUAUUCUUCAAUUGUUUCGGGCCGACGGCCGGCGACAUGGAAGCCGGCGAGGUCACGCUCGCAGGCCUCCGCUAGCUCCGCCGCUGCGCGUGUCCCGCGGUUGCCUCCGUCAGGAUCACGCACCCGCCCAAUCGCGCGGCGACCCGGGGCUCUAGUUCGCCCGGAGAUGCUCCCGGGGCAGCUCCGUCCGCGCCAGCGUCCGGAAAGCGGUGGUGAGGGAUGGCACCUCGCCACCGAGCGCCACUGCUUGCGAGCCUUCCCACGGCCACCCACGACCGACCAUGGACCGCAGCCAGCCAGAUUCUGCCGCAUGGAUGCCGGGAACGGGCCUAGGCGGAGCCGGAUCCGCCAUCCCAGCACCACCCGGGCAUCCCGCGGCCCCGUCCGCGCCCACGCCGCCGGCCUCCACCUUGCCUCCGCCGCUGAUCCGUCCUCGCCGGGGGCACCUCCACCGGAUCUGGCCCUAUUGGCCACGGAUCUGGGCAGCCCCAACCACGCCGGCUGCCCGAGCUGCCGGAGCCGGGCCACCCACGAGACCACCUUCCGCAGAAGAAUGGUGGCCCCGACCUAGAGAGACCCGCCGCCGCCAUCCCGGCAGCCGCACGGGCUUCCGGCGGGCUGCUCCGGCGGCGACGAGGGGGUAGAAGGGCGGAGUCGGAGGGCCUCGCGGCGGCGGCGCUGGGCUCCGCGAAGCGGGGGCGGCAUUGUAAAUUCCAUACGCUUUUUCACUCAUACAACAGGUGCUGUAAGCAAUCUCAUCCCAGCUGAUGCGUUAACUUAGAGGAGUAAAUCAUUUGCUAUCUGCAAGGCAAAACGAAAGCCAUUUGCGGAAAAGAGAUUGAUGUAGUUCUGUUGCCAUUUGCAUUAUUUGAUCUAAAAAUUAGUAAUAUCGAUUCGAUGGCCAUUUCACUACUUCAUUGAGAGUUGAACCAUAUGCACUUUGUCACCACCACAACAGAUUAACUCAGCAGCUGUUUCCAUUUCGGAAAAAGAAAGGAAAAAAAUAAAUGAACCGAUUUUCCUCAAACACACAAGAGAACUACAUGGUAUUGCUUUAACAAAGAAAUAGACAAUCCAGUAAGGACUGAACCAAUUCAUGUUCGAAGGAAUUAGAAAGGAACCCUUUCCAGUGCCUUAUCGUAAUCAGGAGGUGUUAUGAGCUCCUCAAUAUUCAGUUGAUCUUUUCUUUUCUUUUUUCUGUUAGAACACGCAAAAGCUUUGCGUGUCAAUCUUGUAGUAGAGGGUCGCAAGUGGACCAAAAGUUUCAAAAGUGCAAUAGGCUGAACAUUCAGUUGUGAUUUAUUGGAUUAGUACAGGGAAACAUGAAAAGUAAAAAAAAAAACGUCUAGCAAGGACUAGUCGUGAAAAUGUUUAGUUCUAUUUUAGCCUUUAUUGGAUAUUGAUCGGUUCACUAACAAAGGAAAGGGCAUAGACUGAAAUGACAAUAAUAUUUUUCUUUGGGUUUUUGGUAGUCCUGUUGAGCAUUUGGAUCUAAUAAUUAAGUACUGUCAACCCAACAACACAUUAAAAUUGGUCAGAAGAACAGAGAAAACCUUUUCCUCUUCAUAAAAUAAAGAAAAAAAUGGAACGCCUUCGAAUUUGCAAGUCUCAACCAUGGUGAGAACCAAGGAAUUAGGGAAGGAAUCCUUGUCUGUGCCGUUUUUCAGUAAUCAGGAGGUGAUCAAUGCUCUCAAACAUUCAGCUGAAAGCUGUUCUUUCAGUGACAGUAAGGAUAUUUACUUCUAUGUUAGGGUUUACUGAACAUUUUUUUGUUGAAUGACAAAGGAAAAGGCCAGAAGGGUCGCUGCAUAGACUGAAUUGCUGAAACGAUAAUAAAAUUGCAGGCCUGCAAGCUUCACUCAUGAUUCAGAACCGUGUUUACAUUCUUCAGUGGGAGCCUGGGUGCUCAACGUUCUCACCAGAAGUCCUCACUGAAAGAUCAACUGUAUUUUCGAGAACUGGUUUCCUUUUGAUUAGUACUGAAAAUGCUGCGAGGCCAAACUCGCUGCAUGGUUCUGUUCUUCUGACGAUGCAAUGUGUAUUCGGGCGAAAGAAAGGAGUAGACAAAGUGACAGUUGAGUGGAUUUGUUUAUACUAGUGAUCAAUUCCAAGACCCCAGAUAUUCAGCAGAUUAUUCUUUUA